AUUUCCAAUUUUUGAAAGGAUGAGUAAGUGGUAUAAUAGUAAUUCUUUAUCAUCCUCUACUCUUGUGUUUUUGUUGGCAAGUGUCCAGUUUACUACAGCUCAACAUCAUUCGAUGGUAGAUGAGCCUGUACCACUUUUUAAUGCCUCAGGUGAUGAGCCUAUGUCUUAUGCUCUCUUCCCCGAUAAUAAGGGCUACUUCUAUACUCAUGUCAUUUUAAUGACAAUUGCGUUUUGGAUAUUAAUGCCAAUCGGUAUUAUGCUGGGUAUCGCAAAAUCCUCUUUACACAUUCCCGUUCAAUUAGGCUCCCUUUGUUUUGCUAUGGGUGGCUUUUUCUUUGCAAAGUUAUAUGGUCAUUCAACGCCUCAUCUUUAUAAGGGUAAUUCUCAUCAUAUCUUGGGUUGGAUUUUAUUUUUGUUUAUGAUAACUCAAAUGUCAGUGGGUAUUGUGCGAAAGAUUGCAAAUGCAGUGGGUAAAAGAACAGCUAGUUAUGAGCAAAUUCAUCAAGAAGAUCAUUUGGAUUAUCCAGCAUCACCCACAUCAUUCAUCGACCCUUGUAGUAGCAGCAGCAGCAAUAGCCACUCAUCUGAUCGUCAUAGUGAAGCAAGUGGUGAAACCCUUCAUAUGAAUGAACUCACUGACUUUAAUGAUAAAUCAUAUCAUUCUAAAGAUUCUCGACAAUCCUCUAACAGCACUGCUGCACAUACUAUUUACGAUGUCGACCUUGAUGAUGAAAGUUUAAUUGAAAAUUCACAUCUAGCAUCAGACAAUAUGCCAAAAAGCACUGAUCUUGGUUUUAUAAUGCGCUUAUUUUAUUCUGUUUCACCUUAUAUACCGAGCAUUGUUAAGAAUAUAUUCGUUACACUUGCUUAUAAUCGAUUUACAACAGAUGUGUGUAGAUAUUUCCAUUUGAUAAUGGGGAGAGCAUUUAUCAUCUUGAUUUUUGUUCAAACAUUAAGUGGUUUGGUUGUCUAUCAUGGUGUUUGCAGAUCCUGGGAAGUACUCGGUUGUAUUGCUCACUUAAUCAAAGGAGGUAUUUUCUUUUUCUAUGGCAUUAUGACGUUUGGUCGCUAUCUAGGUGCAUUUGCAAAUAAAGGAUGGGCAUGGAACUAUAUUGAAAAUGGUAGUAGAUUUAGUUUUGAAAUGAUUGAAUCAUGCUUGAUCUUCACUUAUGGUAUCACAAACACCUGGAUGGAACAUUUCGGUCAAGAUUCAAGAUGGACUCAUAAAGACCUUGAACAUGCAAGUUUAGCCUUUAUGUGGUGGUGGUGUGGUUUGAUUGGUAUCAUGGUUGAAAGUAGAGCCGUGCGUCGUCUUUUAGAACGUACUAUUCUUACCAACACAAAUACGACUCAAAAUUCAUCCAAAAGUUAUUCUUUAAAUCCUUUCCCUGCUUUAACAGUCUUGAUGACAGGCAUUUCAAUGGGUAACCAUCAUCAAGAUACAUUAUAUUCAUCCAACAUUCACUACAUGUGGGGGAUUUUAUUAGCUUCUGCAGCCUGCUGUCGUUUUGUUACUUAUCUAUUCCUUUAUCGUAAUGCACCAACUGACGCUCAACCCUCUCGUCCUCCUAGUGAACUCUUAGGCGCCUUUUUAUUGAUUGCUGGUUCUAUAUUAUUUAUGGCCUCUAAUUCAGGCACCUUACUUUGGUUACGACGAAAUAAUGUAGACAGUAUGUUCUUAAUGAAUGUGUGUGUUGCUUUGACUGCCAUUACUCUAUGUUAUGUUGCUGCUUUACAGAUCAUUAAAGCUUGGGCUGAGAGAAGAGAAGCUUUUAAGCAGGGAGAACGUAAUCAACAAAAUAUGGAACAACAACGAUAAAUAAUGAUAUGUAGAACCAUUUUAUCCAUUAUCAUUUUCUUCUUCUUCUCUCGUAUUUAUUGUUCUCUAUAUCAUUUAAUAAUAAUAUUAUACAUCAUAGUCUC